AUUCCUGGAAACGGCUGUAUUUUUGGGAAGAGGUAUAAGUGGAAUUGGGGUUUCACCCUUUGACCUUGGAAACACAGGGAUCUGAAUGUGCUGACUGCUUUCUUCUCCCCGGGUGAUUACUUUCCUGUGAGGGUGGUGCGUGGCUGGAGGAUUUGAGUCCUGCCAGCUCCUCACAGGCCGUUCAGCCAUUCAGAGUGACAGUCAGCUCCUCUCUCUCCGGCGACCACGGGGGACCUGGAUUUCACUGACAACCACAAGUCUGAGGCAGAGGAGUUCUCUGUGCUGUGGCUGCAGAGAGCACGACACCAGCCUCAGCAUUUUCUGCUCCUUUGAGGAGAACGUUCAGAGUUCAUCUCUGACACCAGAAGUCUCUUUUCUCUCAGGAUCUGCAUCCUCAGCUGCCCAAGGACAUGGGUCAGUCAUCUUCCUCCAAACCCGCACCAUCCAAUGCUCAUAAUUUGGCCUCCAGCUUUGAAGAAUUUUUUAAGGAUUUCAAGAUGGAAAGCAAAAUCCUCCCUCAGAAAACCAUCACUUUGAUCCAAUCACUUCUGGAGAAAGGAGAUAUUCAAAAGACAACUUCUGUGAUCUGUGAUGCAUUGAAAGAGAUUGAGAAUGCCCCAAUAAACAUUGCUGUGACAGGGGAGUCUGGAUCAGGGAAAUCCAGUUUUAUCAAUGCCCUGAGGGGUGUGGACCAUGAAGGAAAAGAUGCAGCCCAGGUAGGGUAUGUAGAGACAACCAUGGAGAGAAGAGACUACAAACACCCGAAGAUUUCCAAUGUGACAAUAUGGGACUUGCCUGGCAUCGGAACCACCAGAUUCCCACCACGGAAGUACCUGAAGGAAAUGAAAUUUGGUGAAUAUGAUUUCUUUAUUAUCAUUUCUACUACACGGUUCAAAGAGAAUGAUGCACAACUUGCCAAAGCAAUUAAAAAAAUGAAGAAGAAUUUCUACUUUGUUCGAUCCAAGGUGGACAGUGAUUUAUACAAUCUAAAAAAAUGUAAACCCAAGACUUUCAAUAAGGAUACUCUCUUUCAAGACAUUAGAAAGGACUGUCUGGAACAUCUUGAGAAAGCCGAAGUGACGGAUCCUUGUGUCUUCUUAAUCUCCAGCUUUGAUGUGUCUAACUAUGAUUUCCCAAAGUUGCAGACCACUCUUCUGAAGGAUCUCCCAGCUCAGAAGCGCCAUAUCUUUGUGCAGUGCCUGCCCUGUGUUACCGAGGCUGCCAUUGACAGGAAGAGGGAUUCCUUGAAGCAGAAGAUCUGGCUGGAGGCACUGAAAGCUGGAGCAUGGGCCACCAUCCCUUUCAUGAGUGUAGGGGGUAAUGAAAUGCAGACACUGAAGGAGACCUUAAACCUCUAUAGGUCUCACUUUGGGCUGGAUGAUGAAUCCCUCAAAAACAUGGCUGAAAGUUUGAAUGUGUCACUGGAAAUGCUCACAGCAAAUAUUAAGUCUCCCGAUUUGCUGUCAGUUCAGAAGGAUGAGGAGACCUUAGGGGAAACAGUGUUGAAAUGUGUGGAGAAAAUCUUCUCUAUCAGUGGUGGCCUCAUUGCCACUGGCCUCUACUUUGGUAAAACGUUCUAUUGGCAAGCUUAUUUCCUUGACACUGUGGUAAGUGAUGCUAAAGUUCUCCUUAAAAAAGAAGAGAUUUUUAGGAUCGAUGCCACCUCUGAGAAAACCAAACCACUUCUGGAUGCUGAGUGUGAAAAUGGGAAAAGUGAAGCAGCUCUCCCCUGACUUAUCCUCCGUGUUUUCAUGACACUGGUUCUGCAAAGGUGGAGUCAGCUUUGCUUGAUGCAGUCCCAGCUCACAGCCAAGAGUGGACCACCUCCUCCAUGACUGUUAUUUGAGAAAAAGAGCAAUCAGCUCUAAAGCAUCCGUCUUUGGGAACCUUCUUGGGAAAAUAAAGGAAAGGAAUCCAAAAUUCUGUGCAAAGAGGAGAGAAUAACUCUCUGUGUGAUGGCUCUUUCAUACCCAGAGCUUAUUACAGACAUACUAGUAAAAUGUUAUUGUGCAGUCAGUAGAUCCUCAUAAGUAUUUUUGAGUGAAUGUGUACAUAGUGUGCUUUUGGCGUUCAUGGUACUUUUGUAAAUGUAUGCACUCUGAUCAUUACUACAUCAGUAAAUGUUGAACAUAAUCCUCCUCAUCCCUUUCUAGGCUUAACACUUCAUUUGAUAAAUAAGUAAGAUAGUGAACUGACAAUGUGUCACAGGAAAUGAAAGAGAAAUUUUAAGGAAAAACAUUUAUCUGGGAUACUUUGUGGGAAGGGCAAGCGCAGAAGAAAGGAACAUACACAAGGAGUUUGCAUAUUGGAAGCCUACACAUUCUUUGGUUGUCAAUGUAGAAUAAUUUGUUUCUUAAACUGAAAGGCUAUAGAAUAACAUGGAAGAGGUUAGUAAUAAUAGUUAGCGGAAAUAAAAAGAAAUACAAGUAUUUCUUAAACAUAUGAAAAAAUACUUAAUCACACAUCUAAUAAAGGAAUUGCAAGUUAGAAAUGGAAUUUACAGUGAUACAACUUUUCACUUAUUAUAUUCAGGUAAAUUGCAAAUAUUUACCUUUUUUGGUGAAACUGUAAAACAUAGUUACAGUUGUAUAAUGCUGGUUGAAAUACAAAAUGAUACAUUCCAUAAUGUGGAAAACAAGGCAAUAGCUAAGAAAAUUACAUAUAUACUUAUGCUUUUACCAAGUGAUCCCACUUUGAAGAAUCUAUGCCAAAGAACACUAGAAAAAUUACAAAAUGUGUAUCCUCCAAAACUGUUAAUUGCAGCACUAAUUGAAUUGGGAAAAGACUAUAAACAUUGGAAAUGUUCUUCAAUAGAAGGUGGUAGAUAACCAAAUAGCUGACUAGUUAAGUGUAGAAAAGAAUGAGGAAUAUCUUCUAUAUUACCAUGGCAUGACCAGGAAUUAUGUAUAAAUCACCAGAUACAGAGAGAAGUGUAUAGUACAAUACUGCUCAGCUAAUAAGUUCAGAAUAUGAAUAAAUGUUAACACAUAAUUUUAAAGAAUCACAAAAACAUAGGAAUUAAACGAAAUUAUAGGAAGAAGGGAUAGAAUGAUUUCAAGGGGCAGGGUAAAAGUUAGGUUUUUGCUUAAUACAACUUAUUUUGUAGGCUUUGCCUUGGAAACAUGCAGAUGUUUUAUAUAGCUAUAUAACUGUUAAAGAAGUAGAAAGCAGAAUAUUUGGUAUAACAAAGCAGAGAUAUUAUUUGAAGGUAAAUUUCUGUUGGAAUAUAUCCCAAGGACAAAAAUGAGUCUAAAGGAAACUUACAUGUUUUUCAGCAGCAGUACUGACAAUAAUAUUGAAAAUGAUUUGCUUUUCUUAGACUAUAUUAUUUACAUUAGGAUAAAGCAAAUUAAGUAAUUAUGUUAAUGUAGUUAGAUACCAAGAUUUUCAGCACAAUAGUCAUCCGAACAUAAAGUAAAAUUUAAGCAAGAGCUGUACUGAAAAUAGAAGCAUGAACUCGUGAUUUAUUUUGUCUUUAGAAAAUGUCAGUUUUCUAAUGUGCAUACUGAACAGGCCUAAACACAGUGACUAAUCCAGUAAUAAUGAGAAUUCUUAGCCCCCAUGUGUGGUCUCUAAAUGCCAUUUCCCAGAACUUCUUACUCAGGGGCAGUAAGUGGAACCAGGGCUUCUUAGUUUGGGACACAAAAUAUAAAAUAAGCCUGGGAUAUAUGAUUAAAAGGAACUAUGAAAGAAUUCUAAAUUGUGUGAAAAAAGACUCAGAAGACAACUGGGAAAGGUUUCCACUGGCCUAAUGUGGAACAAUUUGGGAAACCAUAUGGCUGACACUGCGGUAAAUUGGUAACAUCAUACAUGUUUAAAUCCAUGAAGUUAUAGUGAAAGAAAAAUAAAUUUACUGGCAAAAUUUAUAGUAGGCUAGGAAGCCAAUUCAUUAUUUCAAAAACUAGAAAACAAGGGAGUGAAACAAGUGUGCUGAUAUUGCUUUUUAUAUGAAAGUAUUUAAAUUGCUUUUCUAUGAAAAUUGCAUAAUAAUCAAAUGGUUGAUGAGGGUGCACUUUUCUUUCUAUCAGUUUUCCAUGUAUAAAUGCAGAAAGAAUGAUAGGAUUAGAAUGUGAAUAUUUUGCAAGCCUGUUAGUAUAAUAGGUAUUGGAAAUGAUCAUGUAAUGACUGCUAACAUUACAAAAAGAAAAACAAGCAGAUACUAUAUGCCUUCCAAUUGAAGGAGAGAGCACACAAAUGUGAAUUUUUAUUGCCAGAAACAAAUGAAUCAGACCAAAUCUUCAGAGAUCUAUCUACCUAAUUACAGGAAAUAGAGGCAACAGAAGAACAUGGUAAAUGAUAUGAUGGGGACAGAAUCAUGAAAAUCAAAGAGUAUGGGUAAUUUCAUAGAACAAUUUCUUCAAACAAUAGGUUGAAUGUGAAAAAUUAAAAAUACAGAAAGGAGAACAUUUGGAUUAAAAAUGAAUCUAGAGAAUUAAA